AUGAGCGAGCGAUACCUGGACGAUUACCUACCGGUGAUGGCGAUUGAUGUCGCCGUCGAGGAGAAGGCCAGAGUCGCCGAGAUGGCGGCGGCGACCCUGCGCAAGCUGCACAACGUGAUGCAGCAGAUGAAGAACUGGCGGGACGGCAGCGUGAGACUGAAGAGUAAUAUCUGGCGGAUGAAAAUGGUCCUUCGUGCGGAUGACAAGAAUGGAGACGAUAACCAGGAGACCGACCCUUUGAUCGCGCAUCAGAGGGCGGAGAUUAGCCGGUUGGAGGAGGCGAACGACGCUUUGGGGAACGAAGUGGCGAGUCUGAGGCGCGUUCUCACGCAAGCUGAGGUGGAUAACGCGUGUAUCACCGGCCACGAAGCCGGGGAUGAAGUGAUCGGGGCCGAGUCUCCCGACGAGAAGAAAGGGGAACGACGUUCGAAUGAGAUUCCGUGCCGGAAGUGGCAGCAGCGGUCGAAGGAAGAGGAGACCGAAGAAACGCGGUUGAUUCUGAGGCGACUCGGCGACAGGCUGGAGGAGUUCAAGAUAGGCGAUCGCGCGUUCGAGGCGAUGAUCAAGAAUACGGUGGGCAGGGUCGUCGAGACGAUCGUCAGCCUGUCGGAGGAGCUCGUGAACGUCCACGAGGACCUCUGCCGAUUCAGGAGGAAAAACAAGAAUCUGCAUCGCAAACUGGGCCGCCUGAGGGCUAUGCUGCGCUCGCGGAGCGGCAAUAGCGCGGAAUAUCGGAGGAGGAUCGGCGAAUUGAAGAAGCUCGCGGAGCAACUGGUGGCGGGGAUGGCUCGGUUGAAGAUGAUUCGCGAGAACUGCGACGGCAGCUCGAACGCCGCGGACAUCCCCGACGUGGUCGCGCACGUCGGACGGCUGAUGGACGACUUGAGGAACAAUCUGAAGAGCGAGCGCGAGGCGAUGAUCGCCGCCGGCGAUCCGGAUCGCUUGAGGUACAUGAAGAAGGUGGUCGAUCUGAAGAUAAGCCUGAGAAUGUUGGCCGUGGGACUCAGGCGAUCGGAUUCGUCGAUGCGGCCCUUCGGGAAGGAGAGGCACGCGACGGCUUCUCUGCUGAGCGGCUUCUUGGCGAAGAUCGACACCGAGAUCGGCAAGCUGAGGGUGACACCGAUGGACAGGUACUGCAGGAUCGGUGGCGUCAGCGGCGCACGAUUCAUGAGGAAAGUGACGGAGCUCGAGGACAUGGUGAGGAAGUCGGCGACGGUGAUCGCGGAGAGGCCGAUGCGGGAGCUCGGCGAGUGGAUCGAGCGACUGUGUCGCAAGAUGCAGGAUCUCGAGCUCUUGGACGACCGCGCGAGCUUGCGGAUCGGCCGCCUCGAGGCUUCGAUCGUGCGGAUGAGGCUGCAGCUGGCGGAGAAGGACGAGCGCGUUCGCGCGCUCGGCGACCAGUGCGCGAGCGUUAAAUUAACGUCGGAGGAGGAGCGCGGUAAGUACGAGAGGAUCGUCGCCGAGGCGCAUCGCGAGAACGAGCGUCUUCGCGCGGACGAGCGCGAGCGAGAGAUAUCGGAGCUGUCGCGCGUGCACGCCGAGAUGCGGCUGACGACGGUCGAAAUUGACGCGUUGAGGAAAAAAUUGCGGGAGCUCCGCGAUGACAAAGAGGCGCUAUUAGGGGAGACGGAGAGGGCGCGCAAUAUCCUCCGCGAGCGAGACAAAGAAAUUGCGAAUAUUAUUACCGGGCGGGACCCGCUGAGAGCAGUCCUCGAGGCCGAGGUAAAGGACCUCAAGACGAAACUCGGCGUCGCCUCCGACGAAAAUGUUAAACUGAAAAGUAUAAUUGGCGGACUUGGGAAGCGGCGGGAGCGCCAACGACCGGAGGACAAAUUGAAAAGUUCGGCGAGCGAGAGGAGCGACGAGCAGCGGCGGUGGCGGCGGGACAAUGGCGAGGGCUCGCGGGAGGACCGCGCGCGAAACCUCGGGGACGAAUUAGAGCGACUGAAAGCCGAAUCAAAUGAGUCUAAAAUAAGGUUGGACGAGGCGAACGGCCGGAUCGAGCGUUUGGAGGGCGCGCUGGCCGAGGCGCUCGGUGACAGGGCGAGGCUGCUGGCUGAAGUUUCCGAUUUGAAGUCUAACGAGCAGUCGUUGACGUAUCGAUUGAACGUCCAGACGUCCGCCGGCGAGCAGGCGGCGAGGGAAUACGAGAGGGCGAACAAAGCGUUCGAGGGCGAAGUCGAACACCUUCGGGAGGAGAAAGAACAACUCGAGGCGGAGUUGUCGGAGCUGAGGCUCGAGAAAGGAUCGCUGGCCGAAUCGAUGGCCGAUGCCGAUAACAAGUGCGCCGCGUUGCAGGAGCGAGUUAACGGAUUUCGGUCCGAGUGCGACGGCCUUCGCGGGGAGGUGACCGAGGCCGAAGCCGUCGCGGGGGAUUUGCGGCUCGAGCUGGAGAGGGCACGCGCCGCGCUCGAAGACGCGGCCGUCGAAGCGGCGCGACUCAACGCGGACAAUUCCAGUCUCGCCGGCGAGCUGGACCUUCUGCGGGCGGCGCGGAGCGCGGAGGUGGACGACCGUGUGCGAGUGCUGUUGGCAGAAAAGAACGAGCUGGCGACGCGUAUUAACGAGCUCGAUGAUGAGAACGCCGGCCUGCGAGAUCGGUUGAAUAAGGCGAAAGCGGAGAAUGAAUAUUUUUCCAUGGAAUUGAAUAAAUCAAGAGUCGAAAAUGACAAAGCGGGGGCGAAAAACCGCCUGCCGCGGGUCACCCGCGACGUAGGGUGUAAGGCGAGCGAGGGGCUGAGGGGCGAGCGGGACGAGGCCAGGCGACGACUUAAUGAAAUCGGCGGCGAAAUGGCCGGCGAUCGACGGAAAAUCCGACGAACCGCCGACGAGCGCUCGGCGACGCCGCCGGCCGCCGCGUUACACCGCGAGAAUAACGAUCGCGAGGGUCACUCGAAGGGAAUCGAUACGCCGCGGUAUCCGCUUGCGAAGGCCCGAUUCGCGGACGCUCAUAACAAGGUACGGCACAAGCAGGAUUGCUCGGAUGCCGUGCGAACGGGCAUGAAAGUCGAAAUUGGCGAACAGAAGGAUGACGAAACGGCGCUCAAAGCUGAAUCUGAUACGUGUGCGAGCCCUGAUAACAAAGCGAAGAUCAAACAGGAGCCGAAGGCCGGGCCGAAGAGGCCGAGAGUCGAGAAUAAGGCUUUGAAAUUGGAGUCGGCGAAUUCGGGGUCCGAGAAGGCCGAUGUUGCGAUGGAACUGGCGUCGUGUGCCGAGGUCGAGUCCGGAAGUCCGAUACGUUCGGGGGAACUCGGCGACGAGGAAGUCAUCGACUGCCUCCCUUCGAAACGACGCGAACUCGUGAAUAUCCGUUACGCGCGACGGAUGAGUAAUUAUGCCGGUUAUUCCGGCGACUCCAAGAUGUUGGGUGAUAAGGAAGGGUCUCGGCUGUCCGAUAUCGAUCAGCUCGAGGUCGAGAAUAGAGCGCUGAAGAUGGAAGUAGAUGUUCUGCGUGGUGUUCUCGACUUCGGGCUGACAGACAGCGAGAGGAUGCGGAGGGAUCUCGCUGAGGCGAAGGAGGAGAUUCGCGCUUUGAAAUCGGAGUUGAUGAAUCUUAGGGACGAGAGAGCGAGCCUGAGGUCGCGACUCGACUCGUCCGCCGAAGAAUUAGACGGACUUAGGUCGGAAAGGAUGGCUUUGAAGGACGAGCUCGUCGCUUCGAGGAAGUCGAACUUCGAUUUUAGGCUCAAGACGAACGAUCUGCGCAGCGUCGUCGAGAGAUUGAAAGGGACGAACGCGAGACUGGAGGACGGCCUGCGGAACGCGCUGAGGGAGACGAGCAACGCGGCAUCUCCGAAGCUUUCUUCGACAGCGGCCUGGGAAAUAUUUUCCGAAACAUCGGCUGCCGCGCGCCGGCAGAUUUACGGGCAAUCGAGAACCGACUGA